GAUGACGUAGUCAGCCUGCGACAGCUCGGGCGGCAGUUUGUGUUGUUUUGUUUUGGUGGAUGAAUGACAAUCUCACCGCAGCAUUUUCUACUUUAAUUCAUCCCAAAGGUGAAUUAAGAUGAUUCACGAGCUGCUGCUGGCGUUGAGCGGAUAUCCGGGAACGAUUUUCACCUGGAACAAACGGACAGGUUUACAGGUGUCUCAGGACCUGCCCUUCCUUCACCCCAGUGAGACCAGCGUCCUCAACCGACUCUGUAAACUGGGCUCAGAUUACAUUCGCUUCACAGAGUUCAUAGAACAACACACCGGCCAUGUGCAUCAACAGGAACAUCACAUGAACCAGCCCAGCCAGACCGGACUUCAUGGAAUAUACUUGCGGGCUUUCUGCACAGGUCUGGACUCCAUGCUGCAGCCGUACAGACAGGCCCUGCUGGACCUGGAACAAGAGUUCCUCGGAGAUCCACAUCUGACGAUAUCACAUGUGAAUUAUAAGCUCGAUCAGUUCCAGUUGCUGUUUCCCUCUGUGAUGGUGGUGGUAGAGACUAUAAAAUCACAGAAGAUUCACGGCUGUCAGAUCCUGGAGACGGUUUACAAGCACAGCUGUGGCGGGCUUCCUCCUGUACGCAUGGCCUUAGAGAAGAUUCUUGCCGUGUGCCACGGUGUGAUGUACAAACAGCUGGCGGCUUGGAUGCUGCACGGGUUGCUGCUGGACCAAAGCGAGGAGUUUUUCAUGAAGCAAGGUCCCAGCGCGGGAGGAGCUGCUGCCAACCAGGAGGAGGAAGAGGAGGACCUGGGUCUGGGAGGUUUGAGCGGGAAACAGCUCAGAGAACUGCAGGACCUGAGGCUGAUUGAAGAGGAGAACAUGCUGGCUCCGUCUCUCCAGCAGUUCUCCCUGCGGACAGAGAUGCUGCCUUCUUACAUUCCCAUCCGAGUGGCCGAGAAGAUCCUCUUCGUGGGAGAAUCCGUCCAGAUGUUUGAGAACCACAACCACAGCCCAUCUAGAGCUGGCUCCAUACUGAAGCACCAGGAGGACAUGUUUGCCUCCGAGCUGCACAGACUUAAACAGCAGCCGCUCUUCAGCCUGGUGGAUUUUGAAAACCUGAUCGAUCGCAUCAGGAGCACAGUAGCAGAGCAUCUCUGGACGUUGAUGGUGGAGGAGUCAGAUCUACUGGAGCAGCUCAAGAUCAUUAAGGACUUCUACCUGCUGGGUCGCGGCGAGCUCUACCAGGUUUUUAUUGACCUUGCUCAACACAUGCUGAAAGCUCCGCCGACAGCCGUCACUGAACACGACGUGAAUGUGGCGUUUCAGCAGGCGGCUCAUAAAGUGUUACUGGACGACGACAACCUCCUUCCUCUGCUGCACCUCACUGUUGACUACCAGGGCAAAGACAGCAAAGAGACGACGGGCCCCAGAGACGGAGCCACUCCUCCGCAAGACACCUCUCCUCGCGAGAUCCCUCCCACAGGCUGGGCGGCUCUCGGCCUCACCUACAAAGUCCAGUGGCCGCUGCACAUCCUCUUCACUCCUGCUGUGCUGGAGAAGUACAACGUGGUGUUCAGGUACCUGCUGAGCGUGCGGCGGGUGCAGUCGCAGCUGCAGCACUGCUGGGCUCUGCAGAUGCAGAGGAAACACCUCAAGUCCAGCCAGACGGAUGCUGUCAAGUGGAGACUACGCAACCACAUGGCUUUCCUCAUCGACAACCUGCAGUAUUACCUACAGGUGGACGUGCUGGAGUCUCAGUUCUCUCAGCUGCUUCAGCAGAUCAACUCCACCAGAGACUUCGAGAGCAUCAGACUGGCUCACGACCAUUUCCUCAGCAACCUGCUGGCCCAGUCCUUCAUCCUCCUGAAGCCGGUCUUCCACUGUCUGAACGAGAUCCUGGAGCUGUGUCAUAACUUCUGCUCACUGGUCAGUCAGAGCGUGGCGUCGCUGGACGACAGAGGAACCGCUCAGCUGGACAUCCUGGUCAAAGGCUUCAGGCGUCAGUCGUCCUUACUGUUUAAAAUCCUCUCCAGCGUGAGGAAUCAUCAGAUAAACUCUGAUCUGGCUCAGCUGUUACUGCGUCUGGACUACAACAAGUACUACACGCAGGCAGGAGGCACGCUGGGCAGUGUUUGAGAAGAACAUAAAGGAUUACGACUCAGAGACGCGUCCAUCCAUGUUGAACUCCCGUCAUCAGUCUUGUCCUUCAGGUUUUGUGAAAACACUGUUAGUGUGACAUGUCUGUUAAACUAUCUUUAAAGGGUGAGUUCACCUAAAUUACAGAAACACAUUUUCUGAGUCACUCCUGGUGAUGUCCAGUCAAGCAGAUAGUUUAACUUUUAUGUGCAGAAGUGAUCAGAUAGUCCGUCCUCAUCUCUGAUAUAAUGAAGGUGAAAGCAGUUUGUUUGUGUUGCUCACAGCACUGAAAGAGAACAUCUGCAAAAACCAAGAGCAACUUCAUCAGGACAAAAUCUCUGGUAGAAAUUAGUUCUAGUGACAACUACUGUUUACAAUGAAGUCUGUAAAUUAUCCACAGCCAGCGGGACAUUUUCUAAAAGCUGCUUUAUAAAACCAGAUUUCCAGACAGUCCAGUUUACUGAAAUAACUCUGCUUUAACUAGAAAUCUUACUUUAUGAAACAUCCUCUGGGACAUUAUUUCAGCUAAGUGAGAGGAAAUGAUCUGACGGUGCAAUUCACAUUUUAUACGUUGCAAAUUUGGUGAAAUGGUCUCCUUACUGCAAGAUAGAGUUUUAACCCAUUUUCCCUAAUUGGGAUUCUUAAUUCCUAAUCUCCAGCCAGAAGUGACAUUUCUCCUAAACUGAUGACAUAAAUAUAAUCUGAAGGCAUUAUUUCCUUGAUGGGAAUUAGUUCUAAAGACAACUGUUUACAAUGAAGUAUGUAAAUCAGCCACAGCCAGCAGAUCACUUUCUAAAUGAAGCUCUUAAUAAACUUUAUAAAACUGGAUUUCCAGUCAGUUAUUUCAGUGCUGCGAGCACGACAAAGUAAACCACAUUUCACUUUAUUGUGAUGGAGGCAGAAAAAAUCCAAAACUAUCU